AUGACCCCAGCACUAAUUGACAGUGUUGAAACAAUCAAGUUAUGGAAACCUGCGGAUUUGCAAGAGUCGGAAGACCUUGCAGAAGAAAUAAAAGAUUGUGCGAUGAAGCUUGUUAAGAAAAGAGAAGAAAAAGUUGUGAGCCGAGAAGCCGAUAACUUUGGCAAUGAUUUUCUCGGAUUACUUGAAAAGGUUAAUUCCUUAUUAGCCUGGACAAUCCUGCAUUUAGCAGUCCAUGGAGAUUGGCAAGAGAAAGCAAGAAGAGAGGUGGUUGAUAUAUCUAAGCUUAAAACUAUGACCAUGAUCAUUAAUGAAACUUUAAGAUUGUAUGGCCCUGCAAAUGGCCUAAUGAGAAGAGUUCGAAGAGAAAUUCGAAUCAGAAAGCUAGUCUUGGCUGCUAGUAUAGAUCUUCUUGUUGCAACUGCUGCACUUCACCAUGACCCCCGACAAUGGGGAGAUGAUGUGCAUCUUUUUAAACCAGAGAGAUUUGCAGGUGUUGCCAAUGCUACCAAAUACAAUGGGGGUGCAUUUUUUCCCUUCGGGUUUGGACCUCGAGCAUGCAUUGUUAUGAACUUUGCAACUGCGGAAACUAAGAUUGAUCUUUCCAUGAUUCUGCAACGCUACACCAUCACCCUCUCCCCUGCCUAUGUACCCUCACCGGUAUCUGCUAUCACCAUUCAACCACAACAUGGAAUUCAAAUAAUACUCUAG